AUGAGCUCACUGAGACGUACACCCAAAGGACUGCUGGCGAGCUUGAGGUUAUCGUACAAUAUUACUACAUCACGAGGAGCGCCAACAUGCCCAAGCCGAACAUAUUACUCGACGCCAAGCUUGCGUCCUUCAAAAUUGACAGAUAAUCCUCUCAAGCGUUCGAGACAUGAAUGGUCGCAGAAUGUACGCUUCAUAUCGCAGGUUGCUGGAGAGAAGAAGCAUCGUGCUUAUGUGGCACUGGGAAGCAACAUGGGUGACAGGGUAGCCAUGAUCGAGCACGCAUGCAAAGAGAUGGAAGCCCAUGGUAAGAUAAAAAUCCUACGUACAAGUAGCCUGUGGGAGACCAAGGCUAUGUAUGUCGUCGAUCAAGACAUGUUUGUAAACGGUGCAUGCGAGAUAGAAACGCACUUGUCCCCAAUCGAACUGUUAGAUGAGCUUCAAGCAGUCGAAAAUAGGAUGGGGCGCGUCAAAGUCAUCGACAAAGGCCCAAGGAAUAUUGACCUGGAUAUACUGUUGUAUGAAGAUGUCACGAUGAAGAGCGAAAGGCUACAGCUACCGCACGCUCUGAUGCUUGAAAGAGAGUUUGUGCUGCGCCCAUUAUGCGAACUCAUACCUGAUGCGGUUUUGCCCAAGCACAAGACCCUACCAGGAGGCACGCUCAGUGGGCAUCUGUCAUCUCUUCCUGUCUCAGGCGAACCCUUAUCGCCUCUUACUCCACUUGCACCUGGGCAGCCCAACAUCACUGCUUACCAGUCAAUCCGAAAUACGCGCAUCAUGUCAAUUCUGAACGUUACACCAGAUUCGUUUUCAGAUGGAGGCAAGAACUUCAAUAAUGAUGAAGCCACGCUUACGAACACGAUCAAAUCACAUGUCUCAGCUGGAGCCACUAUCCUCGACAUUGGCGGCCAAUCAACUCGACCUGGUGCUGUUCAAGUAUCAGCGAAGGAAGAGCUUUGCCGCAUACUGCCCGCGGUAAAUUUGAUAAAGCGCUUGCCCGAGGCAAAGGACAUUGCUAUUAGCAUCGACACAUAUCGCGCAGAGGUCGCGGAGGAGUCGUACAAGGCUGGUGCGCAUAUCAUUAAUGAUGUAAGCGCUGGUCUCCUCGACGAUGAUAUGCUCUCCACGAUGGGGAGACUUGGCUGCACGGUGUGUCUCAUGCACAUGCGUGGCACACCAGAAACCAUGAACCAGCUCACUUCGUAUCCUGAAGGUAUUAUUGAAGGCGUAGGCCGCGAACUCCUAGAUCGGGUGCAUGCUGCUGAGGCAGCAGGCAUCCGUCGCUGGCGCAUCAUCCUCGAUCCGGGAAUCGGCUUCGCAAAGACGCAAGAGCAGAACCUAGAGUUACUUCGACGUUUGGAUGAGCUGACGAUGUAUCCCGGCCUGGAGGGGUUCCCCUGGCUGGUGGGCACGAGUAGAAAGGCAUUUAUUGGCAAGAUCACCGGUGUGCAAGAUGCGAAAGAGAGAACAUGGGGGACCGCAGCUGCCAUUGCAGCGGCGGUCAAAGGUGGUUCUGAUAUCGUGAGAGUGCAUGAUGUGGCUGAGAUGGGACAGGUUGCUAAAAUGGCUGAUGCAAUCUGGAGGGUAUGA